GCAGGAACAUGUUGUUACUACUAUUAAUUGUGUUUACUUUGGGAAGAACACAGACCAUUGAACUGACUGGCCAAGCUAUUAAAGAUGCCAUUGCCGAAUACGAUUUGCUGGCCAUGAUUAAUGAAAACUUAAAUGGCAUCGAAUUUGAUUAUGCCGAGGAUGGUUUUCCAGCUUAUAAAAUUCUACAAAUAGCCGAUAUUAAAUCACCAUACCGCAUGAUUUUACCCGAAAAAUUAAAUGCCUUUGCCGUGCAGACGACAUUUCAGACCACCUCACCAAAGGGUGGCUAUCUCUUCAGUGUUGUGGAUCCUCUAGAUACGGUUGUGCAAUUUGGUGUGCACUUUUCUCCAGUUAUCAAGGAUUCAUGGAAUGUAUCAUUACUCUAUACCGAUGCCAAUACAAGUCCAAUUAGUAAACGUUUGGUUACCUAUCACUUGCCAUACGAACCAAAGAAAUGGAUCAAAUUAGCAUUUAAAGUUAUGAGCGACAAAGUAGUUUUCUACUACAAUUGCGAAGAGAAGGAAACGACGCCGAUUGUACGGGAUCCAUUAGAACUGGUAUUUGCAUCCUCGUCUACUUUGUAUUUAGCUCAGGCUGGUCCAAAACUAGGUGGCAACAUGGAG